AUGAAGAUCGCCAUCGCAUUGCUGGCCUGUCUGGGCCUUGUGGCUGCGGCCAACUUCCACCAGACCCAUGAAGUCAAGAUCGCCGACAAGGACUUCCUGAUCAAGCAGAUGUUCCUCAACGACAUGGUCCUGCGCAUCGAGGAUCCCCUGAUGAACGAGGAGUACAUCAAGCUGGGCCAGAAGUUCUACUUCGAGGAGUCCUACUACACGCACUACGACCUGUACAUGAAGAAGUUCUUCGAGGCCUACAAGGCGCACGCCUUGCUGCCCAAGGGCGAGUUCUUCGGCGCCCUGGUGAUGUCCCAUGCCAAGCAGGCCCGCGGCCUGUUCAACUUCUUCUACUACGCCAAGGACUGGGAGACCUUCAAGACCAACGUGGCCUGGGCCCGCAUGCACGUCAACGAGGGCAUGUUCGUCUACGCCCUGACCCUGGCCGUCAUCCAUCGCAACGACUUCCAUGGCCUGGUGCUGCCCAUGAUCUACGAGAUCUUCCCGCAGUUCUUCUUCAACAGCAAGUUCGUCUACGAGGCCGAGAAGUUCGACUAUGAGAUGUGGAUGAAGAUGACGAUGUACGAGAAGGAGUACAUGGAUGUCUACUACAAGACCCACUCGCAUGGUUAUGGAUACGGAAACAUGUACCAGUCCAGCGACUACACUUACAUCAAGGACUUCAAGACCUGGCAGUGGUGGAAACUGAUGGGUCUGGGCGAGCACUGGUACAGCAACGACAAGUUCAUUCUGCGCGAGAACAUCAACGAAUUCUACCAGGAGUCCCAGUGGCUGUCGAUGAUGAAGGACGUCAAGAAGUUCUACAUGCCGGUGGACUACUCUCGCGAUCUGGACAUCUACAACGAGGAGUCGAUGCUGUCCUACUUCACCGAGGAUCUGGGCUGGAACGCCUACUGGUACUACCUGAACAUGGACUACUCCUUCUUCCUCGAUGGCAAGACCUUCGAGCUGCAGAACGAUCGUCGCGGUGAAUGGUGGCUGUACAACGUGCACCAGAUGCUCAGCCGUUACUACAUGGAGCGUCUGUCCCACGGAUUCGGCGAGAUCCCCGAGUUCUCCUGGUACCACCAGAUCGAGAUGGGCUACGACCCGCAGAUGAUCUACUACAAUGGCAUCGGCUACAGCUACCGCAAGAACUACUACGAGAUGGAGACCUACGGCAACUUCGAUAUGCUCGACAAGAUCACCGGCUUCGUGAAGCGCGCCCACAACAUCGUCGAGAUGGGCUACUACAAGACCGCCGAUGGCCACAUGAUCGAUCUGCGCAAACCCGAGUCCAUCGAGUUCAUUGGCAACAUGAUGCAGGGCAACAUCGAUGCCAUGGACAAGAUGUUCUACCAGUUCUGGUACAUGCUCGCCCACAUGUACUUUGCCGAAACCGACUACACCCAGAUGGAUGUCUACCCGAAUGUGAUGCUGAACUUCGAGACCAUGAUGCGGGACCCCAUGUACUACAUGUUCUACAAGUCGAUCGCCUCGGUUUACUUCCAGUUCAUGCACCACCUGCCCAAGUACACCAAGGAGCAGCUGCUGAUGCCCGGCGUGACCAUGAAGCAUGUGGAGGUCAGCGAUCUGACCACCUUCUUCGAUCUGGUUGACUUCGAUGUGACCAACAUGCUGAACGACAAGAUGGUCUUCCAGGACGGCAAGUUCGUGUGGGACAAGUCGCUGUUUGCCCGCCAGAUGCGUCUGAACCACAAGCCCUUCACCUACACCUACACCAUUGAGUCCGACAAGGUCGAGAAGGUGGUGAUUCGCGCCUUCCUGGGACCCAAGUACGAUGAGUUCGGCAGGAUGAUCUCGCUGACCGAGAACCGCCAGAACUUCAUGGAGAUCGACGAGUUCUUCUACGAACUGAAGGCCGGCAGCAACAUGAUCACCCGCAAGUCCAGCGACUUCUACUGGACCGUCAAGGACCGCACCACCUACACCGAACUGUACUACUACACGAUGAUGGCCUUCGAGGGCAAGUACGACUUCCCGCUGGACAUCAGCGAGCCCCACUGCGGCUUCCCCGACCGCCUCGUCUUGCCCAUGGGCUGGAAGAAGGGCAUGCCCAUGCAGAUGUUCUUCAUGGUCGUUCCCUACGUGGCCCCCGCCCACGAGCAGUUCUCCACCUUCGACUACACCUACUCGUGCGGCAUUGGCUCCGGAGCCCGCUUCGUCGACAGCCUGCCCUUCGGCUAUCCCUUCGAUCGCGAGGUCGACGAGUACGAGUUCUUCGUGCCCAACAUGUACUUCAAGGACGUGAUGAUCUACCACGCCGACACCAUGGAGCCCUACUACAAGUACAAGAGCUACUCCAACUUCGGCCACUUCGACUACUCCUUCUUCAACGACUACUACACCAAGUACUUCAAGUUCUGA